AUGGCGGAGCAGUCGCUGCAGGGGAUAAAGAGGGUGGUGGACGAGGGCGCACACUAUGAGGCGCAGCAGAUGUACAAGACCGUGCACCACAGGUACCACACGAAGGGGAUGCUGGAGGACAGCUACAAGAUACUCGAGGAGGGCGCUGUCCUGCAGCUUGCCACAGGCCAUCUGACAUGUGGUGUGGAGCUGGGCCUGAUGCUGAUCGAGGCCUAUGAGAAAGAUGAAGUCGGGCUGACAGAGGAGGCAUGCAGGAGAGUGGACCACAUGCUGGAUGGCCUACCAGAACCUCCUACCUGCAGCAGUGAAGGAAGCAUCGAUGGCAACUGCAAGGGGACUGAGGGCUCAAAGGUGGAUGAGGCUCUCAGGCUGUUGACGGCAGCCAUCAAAUGGGGACACAAGCAAGGCGCAGGGGCGUGGGAACGGCGGCUGCACGACCGUGCAGCACGCUUCGUCUGGGGAUGGCAGGGAUGGAGCAGAUUGGCACUCGUCUCUGCCCAUUAUGCCCAGGGCAGCGAUUGGCAGGGAUUUGCAAGCGCUUUGGCCACCUGCGCCCGAAUGGGAGAACCCUGCGAGGAGGACUUGUUUGUGGCCCGGGCGGUGCUCCAGGUAUUGGCCUGGGCCCGUGUGGACCAGUUGGCUGACAGGGUGAGCAGCGCACAGAGCCUGCUGACAGAGUACCAAGAGGACAGGCUGUUGCCAGAGACGCCACUCAUGCACUGCAUGCAGCUGAUGAUCCAGGCACUGAACAAGAACUCCGCCACGCUGUUUCAGAUGCUUCUGAACAAAUACGAUGCCAGCCUUUCUCGCGACCCUUCCCUGAGUCAUUUGCUACAGAAAGUCGAGCAGGUGUUCUUCGGUGCGCAGCAGACCAACGGCUUCGGCGGCAUGCUUGGCGGUCUGAUGCAGAUGCUGGCUGGCGGGGCCCCAUGCAGCUAG